AUGAUAAAUGCAUCGGUUGUAUGUUCUCUUCUCACAGAGAAGUUUUCUCAAUCUACAGGAUCGAGAAAAAUUAGUCUUCAAUCUCCAUCAGCACGUGAAGAAGAGGUUACCAAUCAUUUAGCUGAAUUAUUAAAUACAAUUAUCAACUGUCAUGAGUUUACUGUAGAAAGUGAAAUUUCUCUUGAUUACAUUUCCGAUGAUUUAACCGAAGAUGAAAUUGAUCAAUAUGCUGUAUCAGAAGACUCUGACUUAGAUCCUAAUUUCAACGACACGGACAACGACGACAGUGAUGAUCUUCUUCAAAAAUUUUCUUUAGAUUAUAUGAAAAAGGUUAUUGAAUGUUAUGAUGAAAGAAAUCCGUUGACAGGAAAACACCGUCGGUCUUGGAAGGGUGUGAAGCGUCGGUUUAAACGUGUUAUACAUUCAUCAUAUAUAUCUCGUUUUCGUGCUUAUAUUGAAAAGGGAGGAACGAGAACGCAAAAAUGGGAAAAUAUUAAUAAUUAUGUUUAUCAUAAAUUUGAACAAGCUCGAGAAUCUAAUCUUCUUGUACAUGAUCUCGACUUACGUCGCUGGGGCUUAGAAAAAGCUAAACAAGAAUUAUUCCAUGAGUUUACUGCUUCAGAAAAAUGGUUGUUUAAUUUUAAAAUAGAGCACAACAUAUGCUCGAGAAAAGUAACUAAAGUGAGUAACUUAUCUCAACUAUUUUUAAUAGAGUAAUCACUUUUCUGAAAACUACAUAUUGUCUAUAUCUACUAAAAAAUUUAUCUUUUUUGCUUUUUAAAAAUUUGUUUCUGUACUUGUAUAAAAAUAGAUUUCCUUUUAUAUCAUUUCACGUACCUUCAAAUUUCAUUCUACUAGAUAGAUGCUUCUUUAUUUUCAAUUUCUUAUAAUAUUAAUCGCAUAGAGAGUAUUUUUAUCACUCAACUAUAAAUACAAAACCGUUGAGAAAAUAUGCAAGAAAAAAGCUUAAAAUUCCUGUUUUAUUGGACAUAAAGAUAAAAAAUAUUCUGCUGUAGGUAAUAGCAACUAAACAAGUAACAAGUAAAGAAGAAGUUCAACAUUCUGCUGAUGAAU